CCCUGCUCGAUCUCGCGUCCCCUCCCCCACCCCCAAACCCUUCCCCGAUGGCCGCCGCCGCCGCCGCGCUCCGCCGGGCCCUCGCCCCGGCCCCGGCGCUGCUCCUCCGCCGCCAGGCCCUCGUGCGCCUCCUCUCCACGCAGGCCCAGUCCUCCACCGCCCCCACCAUCUGCCCCGCCGAGCUCGUCCGCAUCAAGAACUCCAUCCGCAGCGCCGCCACGCCGCCCGACGAGCUCGCCGCCCUCUUCCUGAAAGGCAUCCCGCACCCGCCCUUCCUCGGCGACCGCUCCAUCUUCUCCCUCGCCGUCUCCCGCCUCACCGCCGCCGCCCGCCCCGACCUCGUCUCCUCCGUGCUCUCCGCCUCCCUCACCGCCCUCCCGGCGCCGCACCCCUCCGAGGGCUUCCUCAUCCGCCUCAUCGCGCUCUACGCCGCCGCCGGCAUGCCCACCCACUCCCUCUCCACCUUCCGCCUCGUCGUGCCCCCCUCCGACCGCGCCCUCUCCGCCCUCCUCGCCGCCUACUACGACGCCGGCCAGCCCGCCCGCGCCAUCGAGGCCUUCCGCGACCUCUCAGCCGAGCUCUCCAUCACGCCGGGCGUCGUGUCCCACAACGUGCUCCUCAAGUGCAUGGUCGCCACGGGGGACGUCGCCGGCGCCCGCCAGGCGUUCGACGGAAUGCCCGACAAGGCCGGCAUGCAGCCAGACAUAGUCUCGUGCAACGAGAUGCUCAAGGGGUACCUCAAGACAGGUGACCAUGCCGCGUUUGACCUGCUGCUCAAGGAGGUCACUGGCGGCAAGAGGCGGCUCAAGCCCAAUGUCACAACCUACAAGCUCCGGAUGUCCGCCCUCUGCGCCAAGGGCAGGAGCUUCGAGGCCGAGGAGCUGCUGGACGCCAUGGGCGCCAACGGCGUCCCGCCUAACCGGGAGUGCUUCAACACUGUCAUCGGCGGGCUAUGCAAGGAGGGAGAGGUGGGCGCUGCGGUGGCGUUGUUCAAUAGGAUGCCGGAGGUGCCCAGACUCAACGGGAAAGGUGUGUCGCCCAACUUCGAGACCUAUAUCAUGUUGAUCGAGGCGCUGGUCGAAAACAACGCGUUUGUCCCUGCCCUGGAGUUGUGCAAGGAGUGCCUGGCCAACAAGUGGGCGCCGCCGUUCCAGGCUGUCAAGGGUCUGAUCCAAGGGUUGGUGAAGAGCAGGAAGGUGAAGCAUGCCAAGGAGCUCGGCAUGGCGAUGAAGAAGGCCGCCAAGGGUGAUGCCAAGGAGGAGUGGGAGAAGGUUGAGGCGGACGCCUUCCAGCUCGCGCUCGCCGAGAUGAAAGCGUAACUCACCACCCGCUUGGGACAGUAUGUUGUCGCCUGUAAGCGGGUGAUAAGUUAUUGUUUUCUUGUUUCACUGGAAAUCUAUUAGACGUUUGUGUGACUCUAGCAGUUCCUUUGGAUCAGGACACAAGAUAGAUCUUUUCUCAUAUAAGGUAUUUGCAUUUCAAACUACUGGGAGCUCUGCUGUCUCCUCGCCUGUAGGUGGGCAUUAUUAAACUUCAGUUACCAGAUGCAGUUUGUACCACUUCUUUAUUAUCACAAUUCACCUCUCGGUGCUUUAGA